AUGCAUAAAUUACAUAUAAACAUUUCCAAACCAAAAGGAACUCCCUCAGAAGACACUUUUUUGCCACCCUUCUGGAACAGGACAGUUUAUCCGUAUGAGAACAGAAUUUCGCUCUUCAGUGCAUUUCAGAGACACGACGAAGGUCAGAAUAAGCGGAGAGGCAGGAGCGGCGGGGCGGCCGGGGCCUCUGCCGCCCGGCCUCGCUCCGCCGGCACUGGGUGCUCUGGGCGCCCUGCGCAGGAGCGGCGGGCGGGGCGGCAGGUGCUGGCGGCGGCGCGGAGAGGAGCCGGCCGAGCCGGGCGGGGCCGGGCCGAGCCGAGCCGAGCCGAGCGUCUUGCGCCGCCGCAGCCGGCGCAGGUUACGAAAGACCGCACAUGUCUGCAUUAUGCUGUGAGAAAACGGUUUACCUUCCUUGACUAUGUGCUCAUCAUAAUACUUAUGCCAGUUAUGCUUAUUGGAUAUCUUCUCAUGGUCUCAAAGACUAAACAGAAUGAAAACCUGAUCAAGAUGUUGCUUAGAGCUGGAGUGAACGUUAAUGCUACAGACUUUUCUGGUAGCACAGCCCUUCACUAUGCCUGUGAAAUGAAAAACCAGGCAGUCAUUCCUCUCCUGCUUGAAGCUCAUGCAGACACUUCUGUCAAGAAUCAGAAUGGAGAGACUCCCUUAGAUAUAGCAAGAAGACUGCAGUUCCACAACAUUGAAAGCAUGCUAAAGAAAACUUCCUAGUCAUCAAGAACUCUUGAUCGUACAGGAAGCUGCCUCAUCUGGCAAUCUGUCUUGCACAGCAGCAGGAGUCCCGCAGAGUUUUGAGAGCUGUUACCUGACAAAGAUGGGAUUAUCAGUACCUCCACAGCCAUGUAGGCUGGAAGGAGUUAGUGUGAUUUUACUAAGCCAUGAAUGAUUACAGCAGUGUUCAAAAUAUUGCCCUUCC